AUGGCCUGCACCAUCCUCUCGAUGCCACUGGCACCUCACGAACUCUCCUUGCCACAAGAAUUCCUCCCUCUCUUGCCUCAAGAUAUAUACCACAGCCAACAACCGAAUCUCAGCAAUCCACAAACAACCACCCACCAACUGAAAUCAUCAUCACUGUCAUCAAAACUCUCCUUCCUCUCCCUCCCACCCGAACUGCGUAAUCAAAUCUACACCCUCACCCUCCUCAGCGCCACCCCGAUAACGCUCCCCUACGCCUACCAAAAUCAGUCCUUCCGCGAACCCGCAUUGCUCGCAACAUGUCAAGCCAUCCGCGCCGAAGCCACCCCAAUUUUCUACGGCGGCAACGUUUUCGAGGCACCGAGCCCGGCUGCGGCGUAUUCCUGGCUUGCGAAGCUCGAGAAGGGCAAAGUUGCGCUUUUGAGGGAGUUUCGGCCAGUGGACUUAUGUUUGCCGGUUUUAAGGACGGCUGCUGUGGCGGAGGAUGUGGUAGAGAGGCAGGAUGGAGAGGAUUCAUCACGAAAUGAUGACACAAUCGAGGACACCCCGCGACCGCGAUCUUCACCUCAGCAGUCUCCGACAAGUACGCAGGAAGGGAACGUCUCACAACCCACAACUCGAUCAGCAUCCCCUCCUCCCAUCUCACCUUCGCCCUCAGCAGCCUUCCCGCGCAAUAUCACCUCGACCCAAGCCGAGAUCCACCACCGUUGGUUCUCCGCGCAACGCACCAAUAUUAACAAGCUCGUCUCAUUCUGCGGCAAGGGCGCACUUGCUCCCGAGGCCAUUCGUGUUCCUGUGAGGAGGUCCUGGGAUGGUGAGAAGGUUUGGGUGGGCAUUGUGGAUAUCGAGGGGUUUGUUGUGGUCAGGGAGAAGGCGCAGACCCAGCAGCGAGUCGGGAAAUGGCGGCUGGAGUGGAGGGAUGAGGAUGGGACGUUGGUGGAAUAA